AUGGCGGCUGCGACGGGCUUGCUCAGGGUCUGGAGGCAGAGGAUGAAUUUGGGGGUUCCUGCGCGCAGGGCCUUGUGGGGCAGCCAGAGGAAGAAGCAGGAAGAGCUGGAGGCUGUAGAACCAGCUGCUUCAGUGGAAAAGCAACCAGUUCUAGUUUGCCCACCACCCCGAAGCAGAAAAUAUCUUCCCCCUGAGGAUCUCCAGAGUCGCUUGGAGGCUCGUGUCAGAGAAAUAUUUGGAUCCUCCAUUUGCAAGGACUGGCAACAGGUGUCACUGGAAGAGAGCAGGCUAAAGUAUCAUUUGUUGGCGCAGUUGGCUGAGGAUCUGGGCCACAUUGUCCCAAAUUCCCAUCUCCAUCAGAUGAAGAGCGCUAGCGAUGUUCUGGCUUUUUACAGCACGCCUAUGAAAGACAUCUCAAAGUUUGAUGAACUGAGCACGCAGGAGCUUCCCCCAAACCUGAGAAUCCACUGGCAAUAGUGAGCCGUUUUGGAGGGAAAGGAGGGUGCCUU